AUGGCCUAUAUAACCGUGGUCAACCCCUCGGUACUGUCGCAGGCAGGCAUGGAUUUCGGCGCAGUUUUUGUUGCGACCUGCAUCGCCGCCGCCGUUGGCUCUAUCCUCAUGGGUCUACUUGGCAACUAUCCUAUCGCUCAGGCUCCGGGUAUGGGGCAGAACGCUUUUUUCACCUUUGCGAUUGUCCUUGGCAUGGGACACACAUGGCAGGCCGCGCUCGGCGCCGUGUUUCUGUCGGGAAUAUUGUUUGUGAUUCUAAGUGCCCUACCCAUACGCGAAUGGCUGAUCAACGCUAUCCCACGGAAUCUGAAACUGGGCAUCGCUGCGGGUAUUGGUCUGUUUAUCGGUUUCAUUGCAUUAAGCAAUGCCGGCAUCAUAGUUGCUCAUCCUGCCACCAUGGUCAGCCUGGGCGAUUUGAGCAGUGCUCCGGCCUUUCUUUGUCUGUUAGGCUUUUUUCUCAUCGUCGCCCUGACCGCCAGAAAAAUAGUUGGUGCCGUCAUUAUUGGCAUGCUCGGCGUCACCAUUAUCGGUUGGCUGACCGGGCAGGCAGAAUUUCAAGGCAUCAUUGCGCUACCUCCCUCAGCCGCACCGGUAUUUCUACAACUUGAUAUAGCCGCUGCAUUCAACAUCUCCAUGGUCACGGUAAUCAUCACGCUGCUGCUGGUCGACGUAUUUGACACGGCGGGGACCAUGGUGGGUGUUGCUACACGGGCAGGUUUAGUGGACCAGAAUGGCAAGCUACCGCGCUUAGGCAAAGCCUUGCUGGCAGACUCCGGGGCGACCGUGAUCGGUGCUUUAGUCGGCACCUCUUCGACAACCAGCUACAUUGAAAGCGGAGCGGGGGUCGAAGCUGGCGGACGUACCGGAUUGACGGCCAUAUUUGUUGGCCUGAUCUUUCUCGCCUGCCUGUUUUUUGCGCCCCUGGCGCAGAGCAUCCCUGCCUACGCAACAGCUUCAGCUUUGUUAUUUGUUGCCUGCCUGAUGGCAAAAGGUCUGGCUGAUCUGGAUUGGCAGGACAUCACGGAAUCUGCACCCGCAGUGGUUACAGCCCUGGCCAUGCCGCUGUCUUUUUCUAUUGCCGACGGCAUCGGUAUCGGCUUCAUCACCUAUGCUGGCAUAAAGCUAUGUAGUGGCGGCGCACGCCAAUGUAAUUUUUCUGUGACCACCACAUGGAUUAAAAACCCGUGCGCCAGUUUUGACGGUCAGCGAUCAGGUGAAGUACCCAGUGGCUCAGUAGAUGUUGUUUUUGAUGCCAGCAACAUGGUUUUGCUGCCCGGCUUAAUCAACACCCACCAUCAUUUUUACCAGACCCUGACCCGAGCCAAAAAAGCUGCCCUGAACAAACCCCUGUUUCCCUGGCUUACUGCUUUAUAUCCGAUCUGGGCAAAUCUAACCAACGAUAUGAUUGGAGUAUCCAGUGAGCUUGCUCUUGCAGAGCUUGUGUUAUCCGGAUGCACCACCACAACAGACCACCACUACGUUUUUUCAGAUCAGCUGGAUGAGGCCAUCGACAGACAGGUUCAGGCUGCGGAUCAUCUUGGUGUACGUGUGGUGCUGACCCGAGGGUCAAUGAGUCUCGGACAGUCAUCAGGCGGGCUACCACCUGACAACAUCGUACAAAGCCAGCAGACCAUUGUGGAUGACUGCGAGCGCCUCAUUCGCAGUUACCAUCAGAACACGCCAUACGCGAUGACGCAGAUUGCACUGGCACCGUGCUCACCUUUUUCUGUCACUGCAGAACUUAUGCAGGCCUGUGUGGAAUUAGCCGAAGAACAUGACGUACUGCUACAUACACACCUGGCUGAAACCCACGACGAAACGGCAUUUUGUCUGGAACAGUUCGGCCUUCGACCAGUCGACUAUCUGGAUCAGUUAGGCUGGAUAAACAGCAGAGCGUGGUUUGCCCAUGGCAUUCACUUUAAUGCCAACGAGAUAAAACGGCUGGGCUCCGCAGGCUGCGGGGUGAGCCACUGCCCCAGCUCAAACAUGAUUCUGGCCUCGGGAAUAUGCCCAGCGGCCGACCUGGAAGCUGCGGGAGUAAACCUUGCGCUGGGCGUUGACGGUUCAGCGUCGAACGAUUGCUCAAACCUGAUCCAGGAAGUACGUCAGGCAUUGUUAAUACAACGCCUCGGAGAAUCAUCACAAGCGCCAACCGACCAAUUAACCUCACACCUUGAUGCUUUGCGCUGGGCGACCCAGGGAGGUGCCAAUCUCCUGAACCGCCCGGAGCUGGGUCGAUUGUCGCCAGGCGCUGCCGCCGAUAUUGCUCUAUUCAAGCUGGACGAGCCACGCUUCAGUGGCAGCGAAGACGGGCUCGCCGCUCUCAUCUUAUGUGGGGCGGAUCAUGCUGAAGCGGUGAUGAUUAACGGGCAAUGGCGCGUACAGGGCGGCGACUCUGUUAUGAACGAAGUGCUAACUGAAGACAAAAGCCAUGUGCGUUGGAUUACUUUAAACCGACCAGCAGCCAUGAAUGCCAUCACGUCUACCAUGCUUGCGGAACUCAACGAUGCGUUUAAAGCAGCCGACGAUGACGCCAAUGUACGUGUCGUUGUAUUGACCGGCGCCGGACGUGGCUUCUGUUCCGGGCUGGACCUCAAACAAGCUGCAUCAGGGGAAGGCAUUGGCGGUGCCGAUCUGGCAUCCGCCGGCGCCAGACACUACUCGACCAGGGAAAUAUGUACGGUCACCCUGCAACGUAUGGAUACGCCAGUCAUCGGCGCCAUUAAUGGGGUGGCUGCCGGGUAUGGUCUGGAUCUGGCCCUGGGUUGCGAUAUGCGCAUCAUGAGCGAAAGCGCGGUAUUGAUGCCGGGCUUUGCCAAAAUGGGUGUGGUGCCCGAAAGCGGCGGCACCUGGUAUUUACCCAGAUUAUUAGGUUGGGCUAAAGCCUGCGAGGUGGCCAUGCUGGGUGACAAUAUGGAUGCUCAGACGGCCGUUGAGUAUGGCCUGGCCAACACUGCCUGUGCGGAUGUGGACUUUUCUGACACGGUCAAUCAGUGGGCGGAAAAAAUUGCGGGCAAUGCACCACUGGCCAUUGCAGAGAUUAAGCGCCUUUUCCGACACGGCUUGACACAAGAUUUCGAAAGUCACUCUCAUCACGUGCUGAUGUCUGUACUCAAUCUGUUUAAGUCACAGGACUUCAACGAAGGCGUGCAGUCGUUUGUUGAGAGACGACCACCGGAAUUUAAGGGCAGAUAA